CCUCACACUCUGCGUGUGGCCCUCCGGGCGUCCUGUUACCUUGAGAAGUGGACCCAUCCUAGCUAAGGCUUAGUCGCUUUUACUUCCCCCAUUUCCGACUGUGGCGUGUGUCUCACCUACGGCUUUGCUGCAUUCACUGGUAUAUAAUGUAAUGAAUGGCAUUUGUCCACACGUAUGGAGUACAACGGAUAUAUAGAUCUUUGCAAUUUGCAAAAUGUGCCUCAAACUUUAAUUCAAACAGUUCUUAAGUUCUUCGCAUUUAAACCCACUUUAUUCCACUAGAACCUGUCCCCGGGCCCUAGGUUCCUCACCCCUGCUUUAAGACAGUGUCUGAACGAACUCCUCUGCUGUGGUUGGCCAAGGUCCACCACUACAUAAGCACAGAAGAAAAACAGUCCUAUCCAGUAUGUGUCUGUCUUCUGCCCAUUUUACUUUUUAGUCUGCCAAGAAACAGAAAUUGAAAGCCCACAACUUUCAAGAAGCCAGAAUGAGUAGUUAAGCUGGACGGACUAGAGCCAUUAAUUCAAUUUUCUGAGACUGAAAUCUUGAGAGCCCCAUUCUUGAAGAAGAAAUGACGUCUAACGGACCAGAUGAUUCCGAAGCUUGUGCUACUCCAGACUGUGACCACGACCAAGAAAUGGCUGACGAGUAUUCCAGACUGAAGACUUUUGUCAACUUUCCAAACUGUUGUCCUAUUUCAUCAUCAACACUAGCACGAGCUGGCUUCUUUUAUACAGGAGAGGGAGACAAAGUGAAGUGCUUCAGCUGUCAUGCAACUAUUGAAGGAUGGGAGCAUGGAGAUUCAGCAGUUGGAAAACAUAGGACAAUUUCCCCAAACUGUAAAUUUAUUAAUCGAUUUCAUUUUUUAAAAAAAGGUAUGCAUCCUAUUCUCCACAACUGUCAAUGCAGAGUUGAAAAUUGUUCUGGAAAUUCAACCGUCCAGUGUUCUUUUGAUAGAUCGUCUGAUCUCAGUACAGAUUACCUUUUAAGAACUGGGCAAGUUGUAGACAUGUCGGACAGCAUGUACCCCAGGAACCCUGCUAUGAGCAGUGAAGAAGCUAGGUUAAGGUCUUUUCACAACUGGCCAAGUUAUGCUCCAUUAACACCGAAGGAGUUAGCUACUGCUGGACUGUAUUACACAGGUGUUGAUGAUCAAGUGGAGUGUUUUUGUUGUGGUGGAAAACUGAAAAACUGGGAACCUUUUGAUCGAGCUUGGUCAGAACAUAAGAGACAUUUUCCUAGGUGCUUUUUUGUACUGGGGCGUGAUUUUGGAAAUAUUGAAAGUGUCCUAACUGAAUCUAACUCUGCUGAGGCUGGCAGAAGUGUCUUAAAUGAUGUAGAUCACCCAAGAAAUCCAUCUAUGGCAGAAUAUGAAGCACGGAUCAAGACAUUCAUUACUUGGAGAUACCCAGUUGCUAAAGAGCAACUUGCUGAAGCUGGCUUCUAUAGUACAGGUAAUGGUGAUAAUGUUGUGUGCUUUCACUGUGGUGGAGGACUGCAAGAGUGGCAACAGGAUGAAGACCCUUGGGAGCAACAUGCUAAAUGGUUUCCAGGAUGCAAAUAUUUGUUGCAAGAGAAGGGCCAAGAAUUUGUAAACUUAACACAUUUACGGAGGGAUUCCACAGUAGAAGCUUCUGAGGAGACAUCACCAUCUAUAGAUGACGAUCUCCUACAAAACAAGUUGGUACAGGAUGCCAUGCGUAUGGGUUUCAGUUUGUCUGAGAUUAAGAACAUUAUGGAGAAGAAACUACAGACAUCUGGAGAAAACUAUGGAUCUCUUGAGGUUCUAAUUACAGAUUUAUUAAAUGCUCAAAAAGAAAAUGUUCACGAAGAAGUAUCCAGUGAGUGCCCACCAGAGAAAGAUCUGAGUACUGAAGAGCAGUUAAGACGUUUGCAGGAGGAGAAACUUUGUAAAAUCUGUAUGGAUAAAGAUAUCUCAAUAGUUUUUAUUCCCUGUGGCCAUCUGGUUGCUUGUAAAGAAUGUGCUGAAGCACUUAAUAAAUGCCCUUUGUGUUGCAUGAUUAUUACAAAAAGACAGAAAAUUUUUAUGUAUUAGUCAUAUGUACUGCGUGGUUGCUGCAUGUGUGCUGUAAAAUUGUUUAAAAUCACUGUAACGCGAUAACAAACAGUUGGGAUGUUCAACCCUGUAGCACACAAAUAUUUUUAUGGAGAAUCUAAAAUUUUGGGAUUAAAAAACCAAAGCUUCAGUCAGGGACCUAAAGUCUCAGUAAGAAGUUGCUAAACCUGUGCUUUGAGCUCUCACAUUUAACACUCACAUGCAGCCUCUUCAUUCCUCUCCACUUUGUCCUUUCACUUGAUUUGAAUUGACAGACUAGGAAUUCUUCAUUACCAUGUGCUCGUUUACAUAUGUCUGUGUGUGCACAUAUUUCUAAUUUGUAAAAGUAUAAAUGAACUAUAUUAUUCACUUGUAUACAGUGGCAUGAGCAAACUGAGAGAUCUAAUUGACUACAAGCUGUGCUGCUAAUAACAAUGUGGGUUGGAAUUUGUCAUCUGAUCUCACUCUUUACCUGUAUCUCUGCCAAGUUUUCAGAAAGUUUAUUUCCCACAUUCUGUAGCCUGUGAAGUGGAAAUGACAAAAAAAAUCCAGCCAUUGUUUUGUUGAAUAUUAAUUUUUCUAACAUUUAUAUUUUUCAAAACUAGAAUAGUUAGGGUAAUACUAAUUGCUUCGGUUGAAGGGAGAUGUUUGUGCAUUCAGGAAUGGUGACAUUUUAGUGAGAGAAAUAAAUAGCUAAAAGUUUAUGUAGUUUUGUUCUUAUGUUGGUUAUUUUAGGGACUGUCUAAUCUCUUAAAUAGGGUUAAUCCCCUUUUAUACCCAAUAAAACCUUAAUGAGUAACACUAAUUACUUUUCUUAUAGAGAAAAUGGCAUCUUUUAAAAUCUGCUGACCUUUUCUAAACCACAAAAAUGUACACAAUAUUUUUAAUUUAUUCAAAUGACAGAAAAAUUACAAAAACAUCAUAUGGUUUUUCUCUUUUGAACAGUUUCCUCUUCCAAGCAUACAUUAGCCUUCCCAAGUCCUGUACAGUAUAUUUUUUAAAAAUUGACUGAUUUCACUUCUACCUUUCAUUUCAACUGAUUUUAUUUCUGUUAUUUACAUAUUAUAGUUACAUUUCAGCAGCAAUGUUUAAGUUGCACUAAGUCCAUUUAUUUCUCCAACUCUGAGAACCCUCAGGCUGACCUUUUCUAGCUCAAUAAUUAAAAGGAUCCUUUAACUAUCACACAAUGACAUUGUUUUCAAAUUCCUAAAAAAUCAAAACAUUCAUUUUCAAAUCCAUUUUUAUCAUCCCAUUUGUACAUAUUCAAGACUUUAUACAUCCCUAUGAAGAAAGAAGAGCCAUCUGAUUACAAACUCAAAUAUAUUUUAAUAAUUCUUCUUUUAAAAUAUAUUCUUCUAAGAAUCCAAUUUUUGUAUAUGAAAUUAUAAAAGAGGGCAAAAUAUAUCAUGUAUAAUUUAAGUCCAUGGGCAUGAUGCUGCAAACCCUUUUUGCACAUACAAAACUUUAAUCAUGUGAGAAGUUCCAUUGACCUCACUGCUGAAUCCUUCCCUUCCAAACCUUAGCUUUAGGGGACUCCUCAUGUGAGUAGAUUAUGCACAUGCAGAAAGUAUUUGCAAGAUUAGGCCCAAUAUAAUGCUUGUACUGUAUGUAUUACCUUUAAAUUUAGAAAUUACUCUGUUUACUUGCACAUAUGUAUAAUUAAUAAAUAUUCUGCUUUUGGUUUCACAAAGGCACUAUGUAUAAUGGAAAUGUUAUAAUGCCUUUAUUUUUGUAGUUGAAGUUGUGAGUUGACAUAAUUCACAUUUGACAAACAUCUUAGUUUAACGAAAUCAGUGUCUAUGCUGGAUGUUUCUGUUUUACCCUUUUCUCUUUGGCCAUUUCUUUCGUUUUAAUGUGGAAAAUCUGUCAGAUUGCAUGUCCUGUAUUUACUUAAUGACUGUCAAUAUUAGGGUAUUAGGGUAUACUGGAUUCCUUCUGUUUCUUUAUUUAAAUAGGUUAAUCUUUUUACCAUUCUUUUAAAAAAUCACUGCAUACAGAUACAGACACUAAUUGACUACAUUUACUUUUUUGUUUUCAGAACGCUAAAGGUGUUGUCUCAUCUUAAAAAUUAAACUAUAUAUUUUAUUGUGGUAAGAGUUAAGAUUUUAUCAUGGGCAUAAUGGGAUAGCAUCAGCAUAAAAUUAUUUUUCUGUUAAUAUAUUACAGAUCCUUCAGUUUUCAUAAUUAAGAAGUCCAAACUUGCAAGUCUCUAUGUAUACAGAUUUAUUUUAUGUAUUUCAAUUUGACAGUGAAUCAUUUUAUAAAAUUUCAGUUAUGCUUUUAGUUUCUCAUUCUGGCUCUCAAGAUAGCUAUUUGAGCUUGUAACAUUUCUUUUGGAAUUAAGACUUGUCCUCCAAUUUUCUCAUUUUAUUUUUAAAAUCUGAAUUUUGAAUGUAAGUAACACUUAGCUGAUGAUGCCUCUCUUCAACAGUGUCAUCUCCAAAUUUCUGAAAAUUAAUGUACUGUACUAGCACAUGUUGAUAUAUUUCAGAGUCUUCACUGAAUGACUGAAUUUGGUUUUUUAAUUUUUAAAUAGAUUGAGUGAAAUUAAAUUGUUUGUAUUAGU